AUGUUCAGAAGCUCGUUUUUACGUCCAGUGAGUCAAAUUCGCUCACCAUUGUUCAAAUUAAACACAAAAUAUUCAUUUGUUAGAUUAUUAUCUACUGAGACAAAAGAGGCUAUUGAAAAGGCUGUUUCCUCAGCUCCAGUUGUUUUAUUUAUGAAAGGUACCCCAGAAUUCCCUCAAUGUGGGUUUUCAAGAGCUACAAUUAAUAUAUUAGGUCAAACAGGUGUUGAUCCUGAAAAGUUUGCCGCUUAUAACGUUCUAGAAGACAAUGAACUACGUAAUGGUAUUAAAGAAUUCAGUGAAUGGCCAACUAUACCACAACUUUAUGUCGAUAACGAAUUCAUCGGUGGUUGUGAUAUUAUCUCUUCAAUGGCUCAAUCUGGUGAGUUAGUUCAAAUGCUUGAAGAAAAAAAUGUUUUAGUUCCUGAAGAUGAGUAA